GCACCUGCUACUUCGCAUCGCAGCGACCAGAAGCGCGUCUGGCUCCCGUACAUGAGGAAAAUUUCUACUCGACAUAGACCACCACGAAUUGCUAGACCUGAUUCGGCCGACUUUUCUUGGUGUUGUUACUGAUCCAUGUGCACUAAACUCCCGUUGUCUACUACUGUACACCGCUGGCUUUUGGUGUUCGUGUGUUGCCCAUUUGCACCAACCAGCGCUGAGCCUCGACACACAACAACGCGAGAGGGCAGCAUAGGGCUCUAUAUCAGAAAAUUUUCGCUUCACCGCUACUCACCGCCCUACACUCAACAAGAAAACAACGCCAUGUCUGCCGCAUCCCUUGAUGGCGAGCGCUGGAGAGAGUCGGACGUGGUGCUGCUCGACAUUGAGGGCACCAUAUCGAGCAUCUCCUUUGUCAAAGAUGUCAUGUAUCCGUACGCGCUCGACAGUCUCACCAGACUUGCACGCGAUCAAUGGGCCGACGCUGGCUUUCAAGCCCUCAUCGCGGGGUUCCCAGAAGAGACCAGAAGGUCGGCCGACACCUUGGUGGCUCAUGUCGAGGACCUUACCCGUCGAGACAUCAAGGCUGUCUACCUAAAGCAGCUCCAAGGUGGGUGCUAAGCUUCCUCAGCCCAUUUCAUCGCAUGCUGGCAUAUCCCUUCUGUCCUCUGCCGUAUCACGGCCUUGCUCCAGGAUCACUGCCAUCACCAAGCGCCGACAUCGCGCUGCCCUAAGUUGAUAGCCAGCAUCGAAGAUAGAUCAUCGCUCCGCUUAUCACCACCGCAACCACCAUUGCGAUAGUCGCCAUAGCUAUGGUAGGGACCCAUCACGGUGCCGAACUAUGCUUCGUUAGCUCCACAUGGCCACCGCAAGCGGAUUCGUUAUCGCUGCCAGGCGAUGAUAUACACAUCAUGUCGCGUUCCAUGCCCAUUACUCUUGGGCAAUUAAUGCACAUCUGCCUGGAUGCGUUUGCUCUUCAUUCUGGCAUAUGCCGCUCAACUAACGCUCAUCGCAGGCCACCUUUGGACCACGGGGUUUAGUAACGGUGACCUCAAGACCCCACUCUUCGAAGAUGUUGUGCC